CCUGGUUCAAUGUGAGCGGACUACAUUCCGAGCCAAUGACUGGCGCGAUACGCUCUUGAGUGUCACUGUAUGACCGUCCCUACUAGUUCUUCACGUUCGAUCUGAUUGGGGAGCUAGCUUUCGGGGAGUCCUUCGGGUGCCUGGAAAGCUCCACCUACCAACCAUGGGUCGCCAUGAUCUUCGAGGUUAUGAAGUAUCGGGGCUUUAUGCAGGCCCUCAACUACUAUCCCUCUGUGUCUAGCACGCUAUUGAGGCUCCUCCCCAAAUCCUACGCCGAAACCUUCGCCACUCACAAGCAGCUUACCCAUGAGAAGGUCCAGCGAAGGAUCGAGAGGAAGGUGACGUACAACGACUUGACCGCCAACCUCCUCAACCCAGACCACAAACUGGAGCGAUACCAGAUCGACGGUAAUUGCUCGACGCUCAUUAUCGCCGGGAGUGAAACCACCAGCACAGCCCUGAGCGCUACAACGUAUUAUCUCACUCAAUACCCAGAAGCCAAGGCUAAGGUGAUCCAGGAGGUUCGAAGCACAUUUCAAAAGCCAGGGGAGAUCACUUCCAUCAGUGUGAAUCAACUAAAGUAUCUGCCCGCCUGCUUCACCGAGGCUAUGCGAAGAUUUCCGCCCGGGCCCGCCGUCUUCCCUCGGCGAGUUCCCAGGGAAGGGGCCUGGGUUGCGGGGCACUGGAUCCCCGGGGGCAUGCAGGUGGGCAUCUGCCAUUUUGCCGCCAACAACUCACGUCUCAAUUUUCAGGAUCCCAAAAGAUUUAUCCCGGAGCGGUGGUUGGGCGAUCCGGCGUAUGCGAAGGACGAUCGACACGCGAUGCAGGUGUUCAGUGUCGGGCCCCGCAACUGUCUUGGGCAAAGUCUGGCCAAGCUCGAGUUGCAUCUGGUGCUGUGUCGAUUCAUCUGGGAGUUCGACUGGGAGCUGUCCCCGGAGUCGGAGAAUUGGGACCACGAUACCCCGGUCUUCAACACCUGGGGGGUCAAGCCUUUGCGCAUCUUUCUCACCCCGGUCAGCCGUUGAGCGUCUGGAUACGUUGCUGUGCAAGAAAUAUGGUUAAGAUUGACUUUGUGUGGCAAACUGUAAUUUCGAAGGUUUUUCGGGACGGGCGAGACCCAUCUCAGCGCUCACAUUCAUUGAAUUCCAAGUGUCGAGGGUAGUAUGAGCAAGGAUCUUGAUAAAGAAUCGAAAUCGGGCUCAAUGUCCGGGCACACAACUUCGAAUUCACACCGAACGCACCGAGAGCCACAACAUCAGAAUCGAGUAUGACCCCCGGUAUGGAUCGGAGAAUAAUGGUCCACUAGACUAAAGACCCUUCCAACCCCGCCUUGUGCCAGAACUUAGAGUGUUAGAAUAUUGCCACUGAAGCAAACUGAUGCUGCACUCGCCAG